AUGGACGCCUUCAAUCUCAAGUCCCAGUUAUUCAAGGCCCCUCCAGCACUCUGCAUGAAUCCUCUUGACUCCGACUCUCAGAAUUUACUCAAACCCCUCCUCUCCACGAAGGCUGUUCCUCAUACAUCCUCGGUCACUCGACCCUCUGCCCUAGUUGUUGGGACGGGAACUCUUGAGCCCCUUGGCCGGCACUGUCCCCGGGCCUCAGACUCAACUGGCCCGAGAUGCUCAACCACGUCAGUAAGUGGGAACUAG